GCGAAAAGACGUAGGGAGGGGGAGUCGUAUCCCUCCACUCGGCGGCCGUAUGGGGCGUCUCGUAAAGAAAACCGAUGAGUCCGGCGAGGUGAUCACAAUGGCCCAGUUAUCAACGCAUAUGUUCAGCCAACUACCGGGCGUGAAGCAAUCAGCUCUAUUCGCUGAGAACAGGACAAAGUCAAUGGAGGUAAUGCAUGGCUGUCCGAUUGAAAUUAUGUGGAUCGAUGGUCCAAUGGCCUCACCUGCCGUCUAUAUGGAUGAAGCCACUGUGGCCUCGCUAUGCGGCAUGCACGUGCGUUUCACGUGCGCUGGAAUGUCGCACAAAGAUACUUUCUCUCCAAAAGCUCGAGGAGUAUCAACGCUGGCUACCAACGGCAGUGACUUGUUCGCCGUCUCCGAGGUGUGUCUGCGACCGGCCGUCAUCGUCUAUCAGUACCCUGAACUGGUGGAUCACGCACGCUUGGAAGACGGUGCCGAGCUCGAAUACCUGUUCGUUGCAUUUUCUCCAUCUUCGGAACGUGUGGCCGCCUUUUCCGGGGUGCCUGACUUCACCGUCUUCCUUUGGGAUAUCAGCUCUCAGGUGAUGAUUGCCAAACUGCCUAUAGGCUUUGCCCAGGCGCCCCAGCUCUCGUUCUGUGACUUGGAUACACCGCACCUGGCGCUGACGUCUGAGGUAGGCGUCAAUGUAAUCCAGAUGGAGCACUUCGGCAGCGAGUGGCGCCUGACGCCGCGCACCGCCAACCUGGACUCGGUGCGCUCCCACACGUGGGACUACAACGGCGACCUGUGCUGCUCCCGCCGCGAGCGGAUCUACCUCGUGAGCCUGGACACCAUGGAGCACGCUGAGCUUCAGCUCGUCAACGAAUGGAUCGCCGGCACCAUCGUCAGCAUCGUCUAUAACGCGAAGGGCAUUUUCGCCGCCAUGGACGACGGACGUAUCCUGCUGGUAGAGCGCUGCGGCGCUUCAGACACCUGGUCUUCACGUGUGAUCGACGAGCUCGGCCUCUCCGUGCUGACCAUGAGACCGUCCCCGAGCUUCAACUUCCUGGCCGUCACCUGUCGCACCGGCCAAGUGCUGCUUCUGUACACGCCGUCACACGACUACAAGGCACUGGAAGGCUACGAAUUCGAGUCGCCUCCGGCCGUGGACGCGUGUCUGCUGGCGCCGCAGUUCGACCACGUGGUUUCCAUUCACGCGCCACACGAGCUGCACGUGUGGACAGCCUCCCACGGCAAGCACCAGUCGUCGGUCCAGCUGACCGGCUGGGUGACCUGCAUCGCCAGUCUGGACCAGGUGCCCUGUGUGAUGGUCGGCACACAGGAGAGCUGCCUGGUGGUGAUCGAUCUCGUACUGCCACUGACGCCGCGGGUCAUCUGGCACGCCCGGAUCUGCGAGGCUGCCGUGAAGUCCAUCACAGUGAGCGACAGCGGCAAGCUGGCGGUGGCACUGACGGCGGACGGCGCCGCCUACCUGCUGUCGGCGCUGGCCUCCGAGGGCCUGGGCGUGCUGACCCAGCUGGAGAUGGAUGGCACUCCGGUGGCGGUGCAGACCUACCAGCGCAGCGGCUGUGGCUGGCCCGAGGACGUGCUGGUCUUCCUAUGCACCUCGAAAGCGGAGCUGCUGAGUCUCGUGCGUGUGAUAUUGGUGCGCGACAGGGAGGUGUUCGGCGCCGUGACCUACGGCCUGGAUACCGUCUACACCGGCCUGGCAUUGCACGUGACAGCGCCGCUCGACAGACACGACGACGGCGUCAACCCUUUGGUGAAGAUCUUCACGAUGGCCAUCACAGAUCGGUCCCUGUGCUCGUUCACACUGCGCGAUCAUGACGACCUUCUCGAACAGCAGGUCUCGGAUUUGCUGUGGCGGCCUGAGGCUGCUGUUCCCAGCGGCCACGAGCUGCGUGACGUCCGUCUUCAGACAGUUGGUCAGUACCUGCUAUCUGUGGGUGAUGACGGACUGAUCCGCGGCCGUUCCGACCGACUCGACCCGCAAGAGGCCAACACGCUUCUUGGGAAGCAAUGGCGACAAAUUCACCAGGCCAUAUCCGGAGGCACACGCUCGAUUGUAGUGAACCACAGCGUUGAACGUGAAGUGGUGACUGUGGGACGAGAUGGGACCAUCAUCUAUCUGAAGCUGCCGUACGGCGGGCGCUCCACGGGCCGUCGCCGUCGCUCAUCCUUCUUUGUAGAAGAGGCUGUGCCAGAGGCCAGAUUUGUCUCGAAAAUGCCUGCCCUAUCUCGAAUGGACCUGAUGAGUAAUCCUCCAACCUGGAGAGAGGAGCAGGCGGAGAUGGCCUGGCGUAGCCAAGAGAAGGAGCUGCUCGCUACUCGCGAUAAAGUUCGCGUAGGUGUUGAACUCCUCCGAGCAAAGGUUAAGAUGAUGUUGGACGAAAAUGCUGAAAUGGAGGAGAUUGACCGGCUGCCAGAAAACGAGUUUGAGCUGGACCUUGACGAGCAGGCCCGACUCCAGGAGGAGAGUGAAGCAAGAGUGCAAAAAGCUAGGGCUGAGAUCAUCGACCAAAACGCUCGGAAUGCUUACAUCCGUGACCAGAUCAAGAAACAGUGCUGGGACUCAAUGGAUGUGAAGGGCAAGGCCAUACAAGGAAUGAUGGUAGAGCUGGAAGUCUCGAACUACCCCCUGCUAGCUCGCUCUGAUGACUGCCGUAUCGUUCUCGAAGGAAUCCAGGAACGGCGUCAGCUGGAGCUAACGGAGAUGGCUCUGCACAACGAGAUGUUCGAACACAGCUCGACGACGGCUCAGCGGCCAUCAAUCGCUCCUGAGCCGCUGCUCGCCGCCACUGCAUCACACCAGGAGGGUGCCGACUCGGCUGAAGAGCCCGCCGGUCAUGGUACGCCAGUUGCUGAUGAAGAGCCAGAAUAUCCCGACUCGGAGGACGGCGUGGUGCAGCAGGACACGACGCACACCGGCAGCAUCAGUCACCAGCUGGGCGUCACCUCCCCGUGGCUGCUCUCCCAGUUCUGCAUCACGUCCCGCAAACAGCGCGUAGAACAGAUCUACAUGCUACGAGAGGUGAUCUAUCAGCUCAAGAUGAAGUUCAAUGAGCGCUUCGAGGUGUUAUACAAUUCCAAAUGCUCCGAAGUGCAGCGUAUCACGGCAUGGGCCGAACGGCUGCGCCACAUAUACUCGGAGCUGGGCAUGAGUGAGACUCCGUGGGUGCCCCGCUGGUCCGCCGCCGAGCAGCCAGAGAGUCUCCUCACUGUCAGUGACGACGAAGUGACCGUAGAGCGGUACCUGACUCCAGCUGAGCGCGCCCGACUGGAAGCUCGUGCCGCUGAAGAGGAGCGACGACGACGGGAGCGCGAAGCCAACGACUUCCGGGAGCGUGCCAUUCAACAGAUGAUGAACGGUGUUCUGGAGGUUCGCUGGGAAGACACGCUCAAGAUAGAUGUUCCGAAACCACCUUUCAUGGAUGAGAAAGACCCUGGGGAAUGGAGUGAUGAGGAAAUCAAGGCCGCCGCCGAAUAUGAACGCAAAGUGGUCGCACUGGAGGAGGAGCGUGACAAAUACCGCAAAAUGCUAGAACAAGAGCUGAAAAAGCUGUUGGUUUCAGUACAGGAGACUGUGGACAAGUUUGACGACCAACUGAACCAACUGUUCGUUCUCAAGGUGCGAACUCAGCACGCCAUCGAUCAGGAGCAGCUGAAGGUGGACAGACUUCUUCGUGACGUGGCUGAAGAAGAUCAUCGAGUGAAGCGCGAGACUGAGCUCUGUCGACAAAUGGAUGCGACACAGCAGCGCAAGGUAGCGCUGCAGGCGGCGAGUGCUGACCUUCGCCGGGCGCUAGAGACGGCUCGCGCCGCUCACGAGCCGUUGGUGCAACAGGAGAAGCUGAUGGAGCGCUCGUUCAGAAAGGAGUUCCCGGACACACCUACGCCUGUCGUGGACGUGCUGUUCCGAUACUUCCGACGCCGGCCUCAGGUAUUGCGUCGCUAUUUGGACGCCACAUUCCGGCGCGCCACCGUAGUGGACGAAGGCGUCAUCGAAGUAGAGCACAGCCGGCGCCGACAUAGCCGUCGCCGCAGCCGACAUGGCAGCAGGUCUCCCGCUGCGUCAAAUCGCGCUGACAGCACCUCCAAAGAGGUGCCGCAGACUGAGGAACAGCAGCAGCGCAAGGGGCGCGCUGCUAAAAUCGCCUACCUGUCAGCGACGCAUGCUGGAACACCAUACGAGGAAAACAAGAAAACUGUGCCCGGGCAGAGGGUCAUUCUGGAGGCCAUGAAAACCAUAGAUGAUGACUCUCAGCGCUCCGCAGACAUCGACCUCCCACUUUGGCAGAAAAUGUGUCAGCUCAGACUUGCCAAGGUCCUGGUUGAGUUCAAAGUCUUGGAAUCAAACGCCCAGCUGGCUGUUCUGGUUGAUUCGAUCGAGAAACGUCGUCACGCCGAGGAAGCGCUGACGCUGACCACCCAGUCGCUGGUCGCCGAGCUCGCCGAGCUGAGAGAGCAGCGCCUGCGUCAGCUGCAUGAUCAAGAGAUUCAGCUGGUCCUGAAACAGGGUCAAGUUGAGAUCGACCUCGGAGACUUCUGCCCUGACUUCACUGGCUCGGCACUCAUUCAUCGGUCAAAGGUCGAACAGCUUAACAAGCAAAUAUUGAGCAUUGGUGGCAAGAAGCUGGAAGUGAUGCGCGACGCCUUACGCUUCCGUCGCGGUAUCGUCCUUCAGCGCUGGGAGUAUGACCGCUGCCGGAUGAUGCUGGAAGAUCUAGUCAACAAGCUGAAAGACAUUGACUUCAUGAAGGUGACCCGAGCCAUUCAGAUGUACCUGGUACAGGGCGGCGACACCACAGAGAAGCAGAUCGCCCGUCUGGAGAAGCGGCUGGACAUGCUGAUCGAGGACGCUGUCCGGCAGCAGAAGGAGGACGCCGACGCCGCCGAGUACCUGGAGCGACUGUUACGCAUGAAGCGCGCCGACAACCAGCGACUGGCUCUGGAGGCCCGAGAGCUCAACGUCGAUGUGUCCGAACGGGAGCUCAUCUACGACAUCCGCUGCAACCACCAGAGGAGAUGGCAGGCCAGGGAGAGGCUCAACAACCUCCGGAAGAUCCGCGAUCUCUGCGAUAUCGCCGGAUUCCAGCAGCGCUAUAUGGCGAUGCUGCAUAGAGAGCUGCAGCGCGUGUACUCGAAGACGUACCCUAUGCUACAUGCCAUCUGAGGGCUGAAGUCGCUGGGUCGCAUGCGGUCCACCAGAAGUGAAAAGGCACCCGUCGCAACGGUACUGAUUAUUAACGCGUCCGUCGUGUGUUUAUUGUUAACCUAAAUUGCAAGCCGUACAGCUGACGUUAUCUGAAUUAAUGAGAUUUGGAUCACCGAUGCAUGGAUUCUGUGGAUGUGACCGGACACUGUGCGAGUGUUGGAGUUACCUGCGUACCGUAUUGUGUGGAGCUGCACUGUCUUCUGCAGUGAGUGCACGUUGGAAGGUAUCUCCCCGAAAUAAACACAGUGUACUGUCA